AUUGGUUAGCAGAUAAUAAUAAACUUCAUUGAUAUCAUAAGUUAAUAAAUAAGCCAAUGUGUCAUUCAUCUCUCUGAGAUUUUGAAUCCCUUUGCUGUUUAUCUAGUUAUAUAUUUACUUGUCAAUCCUAUAGCCAUCUCUUCCACUUAUUUCCCAACCCAAGUAUAACUAUCCGGCGCGACCCGGCACCAUUUGAACCAAUGGCGAAAGCUAUCGCAGUGAUUGCUGGCGUGGGUGCUGGCACAGGAGCUUCCAUCGCCCGAAAAUUUGCCCAAAAAUACAGCGUGGCCGUCCUAGCUCGUAGUCCAACCAGCUAUCAGUCUCUCGUCCAAGAAAUAAGUAGCAGCGGCGGGAACGCCGUUGGCAUAAACACGGAUGUCACUAGUGUCGCGAGCGUGAAAAAUGCUUUCUCAGAAAUAUCGAAGGCGUUCCCUGGCGCGCCAGUUGCGGCUGCGAUAUAUAAUGUUGGCGGAGGCUUCGUGCGGAAACCCUUUCUCGAACUUUCGCAGGAGGAUUUCACGGCUGGCUUUGAGAGCAAUGCCAAAGGAGCCUUUCAUUUCUCCCAGGCCGCCCUGCCUUUACUUUUGAAGUCUGGAAACCUGGAAUACCCACCUACGCUCAUUUUCACUGGCGCUACGGCAAGUCUCAGAGGAUCUGCCCUUUGCUCAUCUUUUGCAACGGGGAAGUCUGCUCUGCGCGCCCUGUCCCAGUCUCUAGCUAGGGAGUUUGGUCCCCAGGGGAUCCACGUUUGCCAUACUAUUAUUGAUGGCGUUAUUGAUAUUGAACGCACGAAAGGCUUCCAUUUUGAUGUCCCAGAUGCAAAAUUGAAUCCCAAUUCGAUUGCGGAUACGUAUUGGUUCCUGCACACUCAGCCGAGAACCACAUUUACCCAAGAACUUGACUUGCGACCUUAUGUUGAAAAAUGGUAAAACAGUACCCCUUCUACGAGAUCCCCUAGCCAGGGCACAGUGUAAUCUUAGGAAAAUGGCGGGUGGUAUAACUAUGGCUCUCGCUGGUAUUCGCCUCAUUCACCGACUGAUCAGUAAAAAAAUGAUGAAGGCCAUGGAUUCUGAUUGGAACUAUAUUUUUGGUUUUUCUUGCAUAUUAUAAAAGUUAGGAAAUACAAUGAUAAUAAUACUAUCUUGAUUGUCCCUCA